GGAGUUCCUUUUCCAAAGAAUUUCCUGCAGAUAUGCAAGAAGAUACUGUGCAGACUAUUCCGUGUAUUUGUCCAUGUAUACAUUCAUCACUUUGACCGCAUCAUAGUCAUGGGAGCAGAAGCACACGUCAAUACCUGCUACAAACACUUUUACUACUUUGUGACAGAACUGAACCUCAUAGACCGGAAGGAGCUAGAACCAUUGGUAAGGAAAUCAGAAAAUCUGCCUAAUGUGAAAUCCGUGACUUGUUUGAUUUGGCAACAUUGUUUAUGGGUCUCCCUAUCCCCCAUAUGGACAGCACAGUGGCUUAGGGGUUAG